UAACUUGCAACGUAACAUCGGCGAUAAACGGCAGGCUACGACUGAUUUAGGACACGGGAUGCGGGGAACUCAUUAAAAGUACGAAUUUUUAAAUACAACUUCCAUUUAUAUAAAUGACUUAAGUGUGGAGAACAACAGCCCAUUUUCCAGAGGACACGUAAAGGGUGUAUCAAAAGCGGAUUGACAAGUCAUUACGUGAUCAAAUGGAAGAGAGGAAACGAAAAAGUACGAUGUCAUCCACAAAUCAGCCUCCUCUUGCUGUCCCUAAUCGGAAGAUUCCACUGUCCUCUAGCAGGAGUCUCGAUUAUUCCUGCAUGGGAAGACAGAAGGCCAAGUAUUGCAGGGGUGGAAGAGACAAGCAAAGGCCGCAAUCACUGGUCGGGAAGACUAGUCAAUCAGCCCCCAUCCAGCACUCCUUCCUUACAGAUGUGUCCGAUGUCCAGGAGAUGGAGAAGGGUCUGCUGAGCCUCCUCAAUGACUUCCAUUGUGGCAAGUUGCAGGCCUUUGGAAACGAGUGCUCCAUCGAUCAGAUGGAGCACGUGAGGGAGAUGCAGGAAAAGCUGGCCCGCCUGCACUUUGACCUGUGCAGAGAAGAGGACGAGAUGCCCGAGGACCAGAGGCCAGUCGGCAGUGACGCCAGCAUGCAGAAACUGCUGCUAAACCUGGAGGAAUUAAGCUCAGCUAUACAAAAGCUUAACCUUGCAGACAGCCAGGAUGCACCCAGGACCUCCAGCGUAUGAUCAGCCAGUCUCUGACCUCGCAGAACAUACUGGAAUUGUGCAAAUGUCAAACUGGGGAGAGACAUACGUACAGAAUUACACAUGGGUUCUUCUUGGUCAGGGUAGCACUGUAUCAGCUAAGGUAAGAAACUAAGUAUUAACACGCAAACAGCUAAAAUUGAUCUUCACGACUGCUCAUGUAGCACAUUUCAGGUGCAGAAUAUCCUGCAAAUUCAGUCAGAUACCAAGUAGACUGAAGAUUGUGUGGACCAGGUAGCAUGAUGUGCAGUAUAUAUCUUCUCCAUCUAUAAGUCAAUCAGGCUAGACAGCAAGCACUAGCACAGAAAGAGGUAUAUCCAAAUACGGUUGGGCAUUUAAUAACGAUAUGAACCUCGUGCAAUCGGGAAGGAUGAGUUGAAUGUGUGGUAGGCUCUCCUCUCACUUUCUACUCUCAAGUUCAUCUGUUCUUAUUUGCUCAUUAAAACAUUACAUUUUAUGUGUUUCUGCAUGUUAAUUUGUAAUUACAGACAGCAGUUAUUCAUUGACAUUCUGUUGAAACUGAUUGCUGAAUGCUAUAGUGGUAUACAGUGAUUGAAGGACAGUUUUGAUGGAAUAGAAUAAUUAAUCUUUGAGGAAUAGCAAUUGCGCAACUAUUUUGAUUAUUAUAUUACAUUAUAUUAACUUAGCAGGCACUUUUACCCAGAGUGACUUACAACAUAGGAAAAACAGAAGUGCAUUCACCUGUUUAAAAUGGCAAACAGUCCCAGACUGGGCUAAUAAAAUUCUCAGACCAGUGAGAAUAAAUGCAACAAUACUAAAGCACCACUGCAAGUUACUAACUAUGCUAUGCUAUACUAUGCUAAUCAAUAACCAAAAGAGAAAUUCUGAAUAUAUACAGAAUUAUUCCAUAUGGUUCAUAUGGUCAAUGUUAAAUUAUAUAUUUGCUAGUAUACCUUUCAUGUUACUAUGAUAUUCACAUAUGAUUUAAUCGUUACUUCAUCAACUGGAACAGUUAUAAUUUGUGUGUGACUAGUAUGUUCUAUACAGGAUCUAUACAAUCUGUGCAGAUGUUGGAUUAAAUAUGAAAUUAGCGAAAUAAUCAUUGUAAUGCUUGGCAAUGCAAAGUCAAGGAGUGAUUUAUCAAAGUACACUAUUUAUGAAUUAAUAUAUUAGCUAAGUGGAAAGAAAAACAGCAAAAAAACUCCUCAAAACCUACCUGUUCGAGCAGGCUUUUAAUUAAAUAUUUGUUCCACGGUU